CUGUGGGUUUGGGGGCCCUGCAUGCCCCUGGCUCCGUCAUACAGAAGGAAAAUGACAAGAAGAUCCUGGAACUCAUCUUCAGUAUCAUUCGUCUGCUCACUGGGGAGGAAUGGAAGUACAUAAAAGAAGACAAGACCCUGGAUGAUUUGUAUGAAGAUAACAGCAAAGUUAAAGCUGAUCUGGAAGCAACAACAUAUUGUAAUAAUGAGCCAAGCAAGACUGGGGCUGAAGGGGAAGACGUUUGUGCCAACAGCAAUAUCCCAAUCCCUGAAAUGUCUCCAGUGGAACAGCCCCCACCAGCCAAUGGGAUUAAAGAGGAGGCAGCUUCACGUGAAAGGGCAAACCAAUCAGAUUGCAGCAUUAAUCCCCUUACAGAACAGAUACAGGAAACAGAUACACCUUUAGUUAUCAUGAAGCACAAGCUAGAUAAGAACUUGCCAGCUGAUUAUAUAUCAAAUGCUGUUAAAGAGGAGGCGGCUUCACGUAAAGGUGAAAUCCAAUCAGAUUGCAGCAUUAAGCCACUUAGAGGACGGAUACGAGAAAAAGAUAAGCCUGCUAUCCGGGGAUGCAUUUUGAAUAACAGCUUGGCAGUUAAUUAUGCAUCAAAUGACAUUAAGGAAGAGUUAACUUCUUCAUGGGAAGGGAGAAACCAAUCAGAUUGCAGCAUUAAUCCCCUUACAGAACAGAUACAGGGAACAGACACGCCUACUCCUAUCAUGGGGUGCAGCCUGAAUAACAGCUCUGCAGAUAAUUAUAUAUCAGAUGAUAUAAAAGAGGAGGCGGCUUCAUGUGAAUGGGGGAACCAAUCAGAUUGCAGCAUUAAUCCCCUUACAGAUCAGAUACAGGGAACAGAUACACCUACUCCUAUCAUGGGGUGCAGCCUGAAUAACGUUGCUAAAACUAUCAGUGAGUCCGCACUCACAUCAUAUCACAGGAAUCCGGCUCUGACUGUCAUAUAUUACUGUACUGAGUGCCACAAAGGCUUCAAUAGAAAAAGCACUCUCGUUAGACAUCAGAAAAUUCACGCCCGAGAGAAACCAUUUGCCUGCAGCGAAUACGGGGAAUGUGACACACGUCCGUCGCAUCUGAAUGGGGAAAAUCUGUACAUUUGUUCUGAAUGCGGGAAGUGUUUCAGCAAUCUCUCACACCUUAACAUUCACCAAAAGAAUCACACGGGGGAAAAUCCGUACUAUUGCGCCGAGUGCGGGAAGUAUUUCCGAGAUCGCUCCAACCUUAUUGCGCAUCAGAGAACUCACACAGGGGAGAAACCAUUUGCAUGUCCCGACUGCGGGAAACGCUUUACCGUUUGUUCGAACCUUUACGUACAUCAGAGAAUACACACGGGGGAGAAACCGUAUCGCUGCUCUGAAUGCGGCAAGUGUUUCACGCGGCAGUCCAACCUCAUUUUACAUCAGAGGAUUCACACGGGGGAAAAACCAUUUGCUUGUUCUCAGUGUGGAAAACGCUUUGCCCGGCGUUCUGUGCUUAACGUGCAUCUCAAAGUGCACCAGUAAAUGUAUUUCCCCUAAUGUCUGACCCUACGUUGCUAUUUGUUAGUCAAUAAGUAAAUAAAAUAGUCGUUAAAGCCAU